AUGGCUCGCGGCUUCCAGAUCGUGCGAUCUGCCGCCGUCUAUCUUCGACGACCCAGCUCAAGUCUUGCCUUCAACACCCACGUAGCAUCAGCUAGCAUGUCGGACGUCGUCAUCCCCAAGCCUCCUGGAAAGACCGAAGUUCUGGCUUCCUCGGACAAGAUCCAAGUUCUCGACCACAAGCAGUACAGCGCUCCUGAGAAUCUCACUACCAGUGGUGUCCUACCGGAUCCUCUGGACCAAUUCCGCGCUUGGUUCACUGCUGCCCAGCCGGUCGUUGCCGAGCCUGAGGCCAUGUCUGUCAGCACCGUAUCGGCCGACGGUACACCCUCUGCGCGCGUCGUACUGCUCAAACAGGCCGACGAGACCGGCUUCGUAUUCUACACCAACUACGAGUCACGGAAGAGUCAGGAGCUGAGCGCGACUGGAAAGGCCGCACUUGCAUUCUACUGGCGUGAAGUGCACAAGCAAGUGCGCGUCGUCGGUCGCGUGGAGAAGGUCAAAGCGGAGGAGAGCGACGCUUACUACCGCUCAAGACCCGUCGGUAGCCGGCUCGGUGCUUGGGCUAGCGCUCAAAGCACUGUGAUUGGCGAAGGCGAUCUGGACAAGCGGCUGGAGGAGGUGAAAGAGAAGUUCGGCGUCAAGGGCGAUGAGAAGGACGCAGACAUCCCUCGACCCGAGUUCUGGGGAGGUUGGAGGAUAGUUCCCGAUGAGGUUGAGUUCUGGUUGGGAAAGCCUUCAAGGCUGCACGACCGCGUCCGCUACCUUCGCAAGGAUGGGGCGAAGGAGUGGACGAUUGAGAAGCUCUCGCCUUGA